AACUAAUAAUCUAACUUCUGAACUUUUUUUUUUUCAUUUGAUCAAUCAAAAAAACAAAACCCUCAAAUCAGUUUCUUUUUUCUGAGUGAUUUUUCCGAUGGAGGUUGCCAGGAACUCGAAAAUGGGGACUCCGGUGAAAGAUUCUCAUGGGUCUGAGUCUAGGAUGCGGAAAAUUUCCAGAUCAUCUGAGAAUUCGAACCCCAAUGUAUCCAAUUUAAGUCCUAGCCUGAAAUCAUCGAAAUCGCCGUUAACCAAAUCAGGGAAAUCUACGAAAUCUGUAUCCAAGAUUCAGGGUACAGACACUGCUCUGAAUCCAGUUCCCUUUUCGCUGAGAAACAAGAUUAGGGAGAGGAAGUUCGUGGUAGCGAAGAAGAAUUCGAAGAAAGAGAAAUCGGAGACGAAUACAGUAGUCGAUUGCAAGUGCAGGGAGAGAUUCGGAGGGAAUGUCAAGAAGUGUGUUUGCGUUGCGUAUGAGACUUUGAGGGCAUCACAGGAGGAGUUCUUCAAGAACCGGCCUGCUCUCGAAGAGGAUGGUGGAUUAAAUGAUGCGGAGUCUGUGGACAGAGCUGAGAUUGGUGUUGAAGAAGAGGCAGAGAAGGGCGUUUCGAUUCAUAAUCUUGAGAUUCAAUGUGACUAUGGAUCGGAUAAAGAGAUCGAGAACUCGAGCCAAAAGGAUAGUUCUAUUAUCAUCAAGAGAAGGAGGGACAGGGUGCUAGAGGAAGCAAGGAAUAGUGUGCCGGAGUUUGGGAAAGUGAUGCACUUGGUUCAGGCGUUCGAGAAGAUUCUGUCAAUACCGAAUUCAAAGGAAUCGGAAAAGAAUGAUGAGAAGGCGGCGGAAGAGAAUCAGAUCGAUACCAAGAAGAAGCCAAUCAAAUGGGCAUUACCUGGUCUGCAGCCACCAACCGAGACACGGUUCUCAUCUUCUUCACUAUGUCCAUCAGAUUUGGUGUUAACGGCAGAGAACCUCGGUUUGGAUUCUCAUUUCCCAGUGUCCUCUUCAUGGGAUAGCAACCAUGGAAGCAUCUGCAGCAGGACUUCCAAUGGUGGCCGCAGAAGCAGAAGGAAUAGCUCUGACUCUUGCGGGACAAUGGGUGGAAGGAGAUGGAAAAAGAAGCCGCUUAAAAUCACUAGCCAAAAACCAUUUAAGUUAAGAACAGAGCAAAGAGGAAAAAUGAAGGAGGAAGAAUUUGUGAAGAAGAUGCAUGAAGUGAUGAUGGAAGAAGAAAAGCAACGGAUUCCAAUAGCACAAGGUCUCCCAUGGACAACGGAUGAACCAGAGAUCCUGAUUAAACCUCCUGCGAAAGAAAACACGAGACCGAUUGACCUGAAGCUUCACACUGAUCUGCGUGCAGUUGAGCGCGCUGAGUUUGAUCAUCAGGUAGCUGAGAAGAUGUGCCUUAUAGAGCAGUACAAGAUGGAAAGAGAGAGGCAGCAGAAGUUAGCAGAAGAAGAAGAAAUAAAAAGGCUAAGAAAGGAACUGGUUCCCAAGGCUCAGCCAAUGCCAUACUUUGACAGGCCCUUCAUUCCCAGAAGGUCUACGAAGCAUCCCACCAUUCCUAGAGAACCAAAGUUCCACAUUCCACAAAAUAAGAAGAUUAAGUGCUGCCUUUCGUGGAAUGAUGUUAGUUCCUAUGCUUUCCAACAUCAAGGCAACGAAGCAAGACAAGCACAUAAUUCUUAGGGCUAUUGUGAUCUUGUCCUUUUAUUAGUUACCAAAUAACGUGAUAUUGUUUAUCCUGGUCUUCUUCUUCUUCUUCUUCUUCUUCUUCUUUGUUUUCUUUCAUUGAAAUUCUUCCGUGGAUUUGUAAAUGAGCAACCACUUUGGUUGCAAUUUUGCCUAAUAUAAUGCAAUUAGUUGG